GGGUAUUUCGAUGAUUAUGGCUCCUUCGUGCCCCAGGUUGCCGUGCUCGGCACGGCACAAAGUCCCCUUCGGCUCCGGCCGCUCGGCACUCUUCGGCACCGCUCGGCUCGGCCGCCAGGGGGACCUGCGCGGCGGCGAUUUGUGGUCCCGUAUCAAGACGUGGCAACACUGCCCCUCUGGCACGGUGGAGGGAUCGGUCGCCGGGCGCUUUCUGGUUCGGGUCCCUCCGGACGCAGUUCGGGCGCGCUCGGGCGCUCUCUACUCGGACGAGUCUGGCGUUGGUCUAAGCUUCGCUGUCCGCUGCAACCACUCUGCCCUCUGCCCUGCGGCGAGCUUCAACUUUCCCCGGAAAAGUAUCCAAGCUAUGUGACUGCGACCUGGCCCACUUGGUAGUGAUCACAGUGAGUGUGUGUGUGUUUUCCUGCAAGCGGAAGGAACUGCAGGAGUCACGAUGGACGCGCUCCCCGACGAGCUGCUGCUCAUGGUGCUGGGCCGCGUGGACGACGCCCUGACGCUGCUCGAGGAGGUGCCGCUGGUCUGCAAGCGCUGGCACCGCCUGUCCCAGGAUCCCCGUGCUUGGCGCAGCGCCUCGGUGCUGAUCGAAGGUUGCACCUACUACGAGAACUCCUACAAGGGCGAGCAUGAGAACCACGCCGAGAUCCUCAACGCAGCGCGCGUCCUCGUCCACGCGCCCGCACUCCGUCACGUCUCCUUCGGCUGGUACAGCGCAUCACCAGGUCCCUUCUCGUGCAGCUUCGACAAAGAGAUGAUGACCUCUGCACUGGCCCGCUCGAAAGCUCAAGUCCACGAGAUCGAGUUUCCUCAGCCCGACAUGCUGGAAGGCAGUGGGUUGGGUUACCCCGACGACCCUUUGGAAGAUAUGAGUCCGGAAGAACUUUCUCUACUUGUCGAUUUCCUGUCGAGGAACAGGAAACACGUCCGGUACCUUAAGCUGGGCCACAUGCUGCAAGCUGGGACGCAGUUCCAGCGCGCGUUGGGGCAGUGCGAGAACCUGGAGGAGCUGCACCUCAUGCUGCCUGACGGCUUCCAGUACCAGGGAGAGCUGAGGGGACGACGGCUGCCGAAGCUCAAUCGCCUCACGCUCAAGUCUUGGUACAAAGUGGAGCACUGCCGGCCGUUUCUGAGAGAUCUCUUCGGCGCCGUGGCCCAGUCCGUGCGCCACGUGCGCUGCAAGGACUUGUGCCUCUCAUCCAAGGACGUCCUUGCCGAGCUGCCUCGGUGCUUGGAGUUGCGUAGCCUGCACUGUGGCGUCGAGGGAGUGGCUGCAGUCAAGACGCUGACCAGACUGCGCAGCCUGUCGCUGCGGAUACAGUACGCAGACCGCGACCAGCAGCGCGUGUUGUCCGCCGCGGAGCGCGGCUUGCGUGCGUGCGCCCCACUGCUAGACCUGCGCGUUCUGCGACUAGAUGGCGGUUUCGAGUACGGCGGCAAGUGGGGUUCGCAGCACAGCCAGGCCCUGGCCGCGCUUCUGCGGACCCUUGGGACCAAGACUCCCAACGUGACGCACCUCUCCACCAGCGGCAUGCUGACUCGGCAGGUCUCCCCUGAGACUGUGCUGGCUUUGCUCAAGUCCCUGCCCCGGCUUCAGUCCGUCCACAUCGACCGGUUCCGGUUUGACUGCCUCCCUGCUUUGGCGGAGGUCGGCAGGAUGAAACGGCUAUCCGGAGAAGUGAGUUACCGAGAGGGGGAAGGGGAUGGCUGCCGUGCCGCGGUUGAGCAGCUCAAGCGUCAGCGACCCGAUUUGGAUUGCAAGCUCUCUGAUCACCAGAGUUAUUAUUGAAAACGUUGCAAAUGACUGUUGCGGAUCGCUACCUCUAAUUUACAGAUAACUGCCGCGGAAGAGUGAGAAACAUUGAUUGGACUGGAUGUCAGUUGAACAGAACAUAAGUAAAUACAUAAGAUUUCGAUUUAGCUUGAA